AUGCGGUGGAUUCUGAGCAGGUUCCGCAGAGGGCUUCUGCUGCAGCAAAGCCCGCAACAGCUGCUGCUGCUGCUGCAACUCUUGCACAGAGCAACGAACACUGAAAAGCCGGAGCUGGCGACGGCGCCGCAGCCGCAGCAGCAACAGCAGCAACAGCAGCUGGUCACAACAGUUGCAACAGCAGCGACUGUCACCAAGACCAAACCCCAGUUCGUUAGAUCUUCCUACUCAACUAGGUGUCUGUCUGCUGCAGCAGCAACAGCAGCUGCAGCAGCAGCAGGCGCGAGAGGAACAGCAGCAGCAGCUGCCACAGUAGCUGCAGCGGCAGCAACGGCUGGCGCGGCGCCAGGAGCAGCAACGGUGGCAGCAGCAGCGACGGCAGCGGCAAAAGUAGCAGCAGCAGCAGCAACAGCAGCACCAAUUGCUUCGAGAAUGGCGCAGAAGAAGCCCACGCCGAAAGAGGGCUCUCAGCGGUCGUCAGCAAAGCCAAGCAGCAGCAGCAGCAGCAGCAGGAGCAGCAGCAACAAAGGCAACAGCAGCAGCAGCAGCAGCAGUGGCAGCAGCAGCAGCAGCAGCCGUAGUGGGAAGGGCAGCAGCAGCUUAAGCAAUGAGGCUGCAGCAUCGAUCUCAGAAGCAGCAAAACAGGAAGACGUGGCCAAAAGCAAAGCCAAGAAUGAAGUGACUGCAAAGAGCGACAGCAGCAGCAGCAACAGCAGCAGUAACAGCAGCAGCAGCAGCAGUAGCAGCAGCAGCGCCACAGCCAAGAAGAAGAGGAGAAGGCAUCCCUUUCUGAGCACAAAAAAGAGGCGAAGGACGGCGACAAGCAGCAGCAGCAGCAGCAGCAGCAGCAGCAGCAGCAGCUCUGCUGCUGGCGCAUCGAAGGCAGCGCGCGAGCCCCGAGAAACAGUGCGCAGCAGCAGCGUGAGCAGCAGCAGCGAGAGCAGCAGCAGCAGCAGCAGCAGCAAGGAGGAGGAGCAGCAAGGCGAAGCGGAGAGCGACGACGAGGCGCUGCUGCUGCAGCCGUGGCCGCCAACAGCAGGAGACCUGCGGGAGCCCAGCAGCAGCAAACUGCGCUGCCUCUGGCAGCAGCAGCAGCACCAAGACGCAGCAGACAGGAGGCUCGAGGCUCUCUUUGAUGUCUUCUGCAGCAGCGCCGUUGCUGCGCUGCAGCGGCUGCGCGACAAGCUCGCAGAGGCUGCUGCUGCUGCUCCUGCUGCUGCUGCUGCUGCUGCUGCUGGGGCGCCGGACUUGCUGGCAGCAGCAGCAGCGGCGGAAGAAGCCGCCAAAGUGGACAGCGAGGCCCAGCAGCAGCAGCAGCAGCAGCAGCAGCAGCAGCAGGUGGAUGCGGCGCAGCUGGCCUCGUGCGUGCUGCACCUGCUGCCGCCGCCCGCGCCGGUGGCAGCAGCAGCAGCAGCAGCAGGCCAGCGGCUCAAAGGCCUCUACGAGCUGCAGCAGCUUUCUGUGUCUUCGUGGCUGCGGCGUUUCUUCAUAUUUGUUUUAGAAGAGGCCCUUGAGUUGCUGCUGUACUCUCAGGGUUUCACGGGGGCCUCCUUGGGGGGCCCCUUUGGGGGCCCCCCCACGGACUUGUCUGCUGCUGCGCUGCGGCACACUGCAGCAGCAACCAAGGAGCUGCGGCCGCUCGUGUCUUUGCUGCUGCUGCCGCAGCAGCAGCCCCAGAAGAAGCAGCAGCCCAAGAAGAAGAAGCAGCAGCAGCAGCUGCUGCAGCAGCAAAAGAGAGUCGAAGAAAUGCUGGAAAAAGACCCCACACUCAAGACUGCGCUCCGCAGGCUUUUGCUGCUGCCGGGGAUGCUGCAGCACGGCCACUACGACCUGGAGGCGCUGCUGCUGCUGCUGCAGCAGCACAGAGAGCAGCAGCAGCAGAAGCUCCAGGACCAGCAGCAAAGAGAGAAAAAGGAAGAGGGGCAGCAGCAAGAUGCAGCGGCUCCCGAUGACCGCAACCAUGAAGGGACCGCUGACAGCAGCAGCAGCAGCAGCAGCAGCAGCAGCACUGGUGACGGCCAGCAGCCGGAGCAGCAGCAGCAGCAACUGAAGGCGGAGCCGGACACAGAAGGACCGCAGCUGCAGCUGCUGCUGCAGGACGCAGCAGGCGAGGGCCAGCAGCAGCAGGACAACGACGAGGAGCAGCAGCAGCAGCAGCAGCAGCUGUGGGGCGAGGACUUGUGUCUCUUUUUGAGAAGUUUUGAACUUCGAAAAGAUGAAAUUGAACGCGAAGUCCUCCAGUCGCCGCACUUCGUUUAUCUUAUCAGGUUUCUGAACGCGUUUGGGUCGGUGCUGAAUGUGCCGUGGCGCUUCGACUCGCUGCUGUCUUCUCUUGCUGCUGUCAGCCCGCCGCCAGAUGUGCUGCUGUGUGGCUUUUUGCUGCACCUUUCGAGUUUUUCUUUUGACUAUUUGCAAGAGCUGCAGCAAAUUGAUGCUGCUUUGGGAGCUGAGGAGCAGCAGCAGCAGCAGCUGCUCGACGACGCUGCUGCUGCUGCCGCCCUCGCCCACACCACGCCCCCCGAGCAGCAGCCCCCGCAGACCGCCCGCCGCCUGCAGCAGCAGCAGCAGCAGCAGCAGCAGCAGCGCGCUGCUGCUGGCACUCAGGGCGGCAGACGCCCCAGGAAGAAGCCGCAGCAGCAGCGCCAGCAGCAGACGCAGCAGCAAGAUGCAGCAGCAGACACGCCAGAAACCCCAGAGCAAAGCAACCCUCAAACGCCAACAGCAACUGUAGAUUCGCAGCAGCAGCAGCCAGACGACGAGACGCAGACGCAGCAAGACUCCCAGCAGCAGCAGCAGCAGCAGCAGCAGCAGCAAGGCGCUGCUGCUGCUGCCCCCGGCACCAUCCGCCGCAGCCAGGGCUUCCUUCAGUUCUGUGCCGAGCUCUCACAAACAGCAGCAGCAGCUGCUGCUGCCAGCUGCGUGCAGGCGUGCAGCGCGAGCAGCGAAGGCAGCAACGCAGCAGCAACAGCAGCAGCAACAGCAGCAGCAACAGCAGCAGCAACGACAGCAGCUCUGGAGGCAGCGGGGAGCGCGCCAUACUGGGAGUGGGAGGAGAUCGGGGGAGAAGACGACUUGGCAGGAGGCGCAGCAGCAGCAGCAGCACCGGCAGCAGCAGCAGCAGCAACAGCGCCAGACCCCAUGCAGCGGCUGCUGCAGCGGCUCUUCGUGCUGCUGGGCCGCAAGUCAGGGCCCCCCAUGAGAGCAGCAAAAUCUGUCCGCCGGCUGCUGCAGGAUAAAGGAGAAGCAGAGUUGCUGCUGCCUCUGAGGCCCUUUGCUGAGUCUUCAGAAGGGCCCACGGACUGGGCCCACCUCAAGCCGCUGCAGCGUCUUCGCUUCCUGCGUGCGCUGAUCUCGCUGGUUUUGUCAGAGAGCCCCCAAAUCGCGCGGUACGUAGGAGAGGCAGCACCCGAGGGCUUUGGCUGCGACGCGCUCGUGGGAGAAGACGGGGCGGGCCAUCUCUAUUGGCUAGUCACGCAGCAGGGGGACCCUGCGGCCUUCAAGCUCUACAGGGAAGAAGUCAGCCAGCGGCGAUAUGAAUUGCUGAGUGAGGACUUGCCGUCGCUAGAGUCCAUAGCAACGAGCCUAGAAGCAGAGGAAGGGAUGGCGGACUUGGCGCAGCAGCUGCUGCAGCAGCACCAGCUGCUGCUGCAGCAGCAGCGGCAGCGGAGCAGAGAAGAGAGGCGCCGGAAGGCCGUGGAGAGGCAGCUGGAGACGGCCCAGUGGGGCGUCGUCACGGGGCGUCGGGAGCGGAAGCCAGUGAACUACCUGGAAGUUGAGGGCGAGCUCGACGAGAGCAGCAGCAAACCGAUCAACACAGCAGCAACGCGGGAAGAGCGGUGGCGGGCGCGACUGGAGAGGAAGGCAAGUGGCUACUUGGCUAGCUAG